AUGACAGGCCACUUCCAGACCAAACUUGCAAGGAAGCCACAACUAUUAACUGCUAAGUCUCCAUGGAAUGCACCUAAGCUCUUUGAUCUUUCUGUUCUUGGGGGUGAGACUAUUAGUGAAUUGCUUUUCUUUGAUAAGCCUAGAAGAGCCGUUGAAAGUGGGAACAAAAAGCAGAGGUCAUUGCCAGAUUACAAUGGGCGUGGUUGGCAUGAAUCUAGAAAGCAAGUUAUCAAUGAAUUUGGAGGUCUGAAGAGAUCCUAUUAUAUGGAUCCACAACCACUGAACCAUUUCGAAUGGCACCUUUACGAAUAUGAGAUUAGCAAGUGUGAUGUAUGUGCCUUAUACCAUUUAGAACUAAAGCUUGUUGAUGGGAAGAAGAACUCCAAGGCAAAAGUAGCAAAUGAUUUGCAGAAACAGAUGGUAAAGCUCCCUGCUGAGUGUCCACCUGAUAACAAAAGGCCGGCUAAAGGCAGAGCCAAGAUUAAUGCUAAAGUUGGCCUGGGAGCUGUCUAUCCAGCAUCGCACAGAGUGAUCCCUCUAAAUGGAACAUACGAAUACGGGUUAGCUGCACCAUAUGACUAUCAUAACUGA